AUGUUCAAGCUUCCAUUCUUCGUAUUCGCCCUGGGGACUGUACUCUACGUGGUAAGAUACAACAACCGACUUGGAAGUUUGCGCUACCGAAGAGUAACACGAUCUAUUAAGAGUUCCAUUUCAGCGGACCCCAUAAUUGAUCAGCAAAUGAUAGCCGAGGGCAUGAAGAAGAUUCAACUUGGCGUCCCAAAACUAAUGGAGAGGUUGGGCGGCAGUGGCGGUGGAAUGGAAGGAGCGUUGGCAAAAGUGACUGAGAUCGCCAGCAAAUUUAUUGGUAAAGGCAGAAAUCGAGGUCAGCAGGAGCGAGCGAAGCGCUCGAUCGAAACUAGCUACGCCGAGACCAGUAUGAACAAAACGGACUACCGGAAGGUUGAGAUGAAGAACAAACGGGACAACGAUCCGGCCAAUCAGCAGGUAACCGAGGUAACCUGUUUGGUUAAGGACAACGAAAUCUACUGGCUGGAGCUGGUGACCUCGGCGUUGAUUCACAUUACACAGGAAAUGAAGAAAGUGCUCCAUGGGAAAGCCAUUUCGAUCAAGAUGUCCAGGAAUGCGUAAAACCGAGCCAAGGCGAUGAAU